AUGCCCAACGGUUGCUGCGGUGGUGGCAAUAACUGCACCGUCUGCUGCUACAGCAGCAAGUCCUGCAAGUCUCCGUGCUGCAAGACGCAGAGCUGCUGCCCCUCUCAGUGCUGCUACCCCUCUCAGUGCUGCUGCCCAUCGCAGUGCUGCUGCCCAUCGCAGUGCUGCGCCAUGCCCUGCUGCAUGCCCAUGACCUGCUGCUACACCAUGAGCAACAACAACAGCAGCAGUGGCUGCUGCGGCUGCGGCAACUAA